GAACAAGGCUGAAAUUUUCACUCAGCACCACAUCUGCCUCUGGUCUGGCGACCGAAGCCCGUAACUGGUGACACCACAGCGAGAAACACGUCGAAACGAACGGGGACAUUUUUUUCCUCUUUAUGGGAUCAAUUAUUUCCUUUGGACGGAAGCUGACACAUCAGAAGAAUUGAACUUCACAGAUGAGAGGAAAAGAAAUGCUUUGCUUACGUGACUCAGGCGACUGCUUGAGGGAGCACAUGCAGUACAUGAUGAGGUCACUGCAAGACCUGAAACAACUGCGGAAGACCUGCCCUGCAGCCAGGCGCCCCCUUGCUCCCAUCAGUGCCCAACUCCCAGAGUUAGCACGCCAUGCUGCAGUGGCCCGUGCUUGUCAGCAGCGAGCGUUGCAACGAGAGCAGCGUGCACGCCUGCGGGUGUCAGAUGCCAGCACAGCCAGCACCUACGACUCCGCCUGCUGCCUGGCGAGUCCUCUGGAGGAGGAGGAUGAUGGCGACGAAUCUAGCAGUCGGCUGGGCCUGAGCCUCAGACUGGGCCUGGGCUCUCCCAGCAGUCAGAAGAGUCUAGAGUUUGAUUCGGGGUACUCUGAGGCGUCGUGGCAGGAUGAAGGAGUUGUUCUCAGGAGGACAAGGAACGUGCGGGUGUCUUCUUCUGCCUGCCUCCGCACAAACAGAGCGCCGAGCGGACGAAUCCGACCUAAAUCCACCUCUGACGUCUGUCUGGAGACGUGGACGUCGUUUGAGGCCAGCGACCCAGAGGACUGGACAAACUCUUUAUUGACAAGGGGACGCAACCGCCAACCUCUGGUCCUGGGAGACAACAGCUUUGCAGACCUCAUACAGAACUGGAUGGACUUGCCAGAUUGCCCUGAGCCCACUGGCCUGAAGCCAAAUUCAAGACAUAGACUGGGAAGAGGUUUCUUUGUCAACAUGAGAAGGAAAAUAGCUGGGUUUUCUAAGAGCGUAGAGGACAGAGUAAGGAUGAGAUCCACAGACUCUGCCCACCCUAACAGAACUGCAAACGCUUCAAAACGUCUGUCCUGUCCAGUUGUGGCAUCGCAACCCAAAGUCCCCUUUUUCCACAAGUCCCUCUCAGGCAUUAAUGAGCUGGACACAGACUUUUACCACUUCGCAGCCCUGAUGAAGUCAGGCAGUAGACAGCCCAUUAUCUGCAAAGACAUUAUUGGCUACAUCUGACAUAGCAGUUUCCAUGUAAAGCCAUACAGAUGGACAUUCCUCAAAGUCACUUUAUUUUUAUUUGACUGUUCACUUUUUAUAUGCUGUGAUUAAGCUAUUGGAAAUAAAAAUGUUCUCAUAAUUUAAA